AUGAAAAUAUGGUCCCUGAUUUCAGAAGGGGGCUGAGACAGGAACGACAGAUCCAUCUAACAACCAUCGCCGCGCGUCGAGGGUUUCUUCCUGUUCGAGCGUGACAGUCUCUAAAAGUCUAAAACCCUUCAGACAGAGAGCGCGAGAAGACGCUAACUGGAGGAAUCAGCACAGCGAGAAGGGAAAGAUGUCGACGGAUACUAAGGCAGGGGGCUCCGGGAAAGCAGGUAAGAAGAAGAACAAGAACAAGAACAAGAACAAGGAUAAGGGGUGGCCAAAGGGCGUUAGUGAGGCCUCUCGAGCUAGGUUUUCUGAAAUCCUCGAACGAUUCCGCUCGUCCAAUGAUGAAGAGUUCAAAUUUGAUCCAAAGCUUAACAAUUUGGAGCGAGCUGCAGUGCAUAAGCUGUGCAGAAAAUUUGGCAUGAAAUCCAAAAGUCAUGGGGAUGGGACUGCACGGCGUGUAGUUGUUUUCAAAAAUAAAAUAAAGAAAGCAUGUCCCGAAAGAGAGAAGAAAGCUCUUGGGUUUAAGUUUUCAGAAGAAUCAAAAGCUAUACUACAGGAUCUAUUUAGUCAAUUUCCACCUGGUGAGGAGGAUGCUACUUCUUAUAUGGCUGGAAAACGUAACAAGAAAGGAAAGAAGUUUUUUGGAAUGCAGGAUGAUAUAUUCCAAAAACCUGCAAUGGACAAGUCAGAGAUUGCAAAGAGAGUCGAGACCCUUGCUAUAAGAGCUGAACAUAACCAUACCUUAAGACAGAUUUUUGAAGGGAGGUCGAAACUUCCAAUUGCUUCUUUCAAGGAUAUGAUUACAUCAAGUGUAGAAGAAAAUCAGGUAGUGCUAAUCUCUGGUGAAACUGGAUGUGGAAAAACCACACAGGUCCCACAAUAUAUUUUAGACCACAUGUGGGCUAAGGGAGAGCCAUGCAAAAUUGUGUGCUCUCAGCCACGGCGAGUUUCAGCUACAUCAGUUUCUGAGAGAAUUGCCCACGAGAGAGGUGAAAAGCUGGGGGAUACUGUUGGUUAUAAGAUUCGAUUGGAAAGCAGCGGAGGAAGACAUUCAUCAUUGGUAUUUUGUACAAAUGGGAUUUUGCUGAGGGUUAUAGUCGCUUAUACCAAGUUAAAAAAAACUUCGCAAAGGGCAAAGGAUGAUUUGUCUGACAUUACCCACAUCAUUGUGGAUGAAAUUCAUGAAAGGGAUCGUUUCUCUGAUUUCAUGUUAGCAAUUAUAAGGGAUAUGCUUCCUUCCUAUCCCCAUUUGCGCCUGAUUCUAAUGAGUGCAACAAUUGACGAGGAGCGUUUUUCAAAAUAUUUUUAUGGCUGCCCGAUCAUCCGAGUCCCGGGAUUCACUUACCCAGUAAAAACUUUCUACCUUGAAGAUGUACUCAGUUUUGUUAAAUCAUCAGAAAAUGAUGCCCUUGACAAUUCAACAGCCAGUCACACCUCAGGAGACUCUGUAUUAACAGAGGAAUACAGAGUUGCCUUAGAUGAAGCUAUAAAUCUUGCUCUGUCUGAUGAUGAGGUUGUUCCCCUCUUAGACAUAAUCUCUUCUGGAGCGGCACCUGAAGUCAUCAACUACCAGCAUUCUUUGACAGGGGUGACACCUUUGAUGGUUUUUGCUGGGAAAGGCUGCAUCAAUGAUAUUUGCACACUCCUUUCCCUUGGUGCUGACUGUCAUCUGAAAGCCAAGGAUGGAGCAACUGCUCUAGAUUGGGCAUCACGAGAGAACCAGUCAGAAGCAUCUGAAAUUAUCAAAAAACAUCUAGAGGAAUCAUCUUCCAAUUCUGAGGAGAAGCAAAAUUUACUAGAUAAAUACCUAUCAACAGUUGAUCCUGAACUGAUUGAUGAUGUGCUGAUUGAGAAGUUACUAAGAAAAAUAUGUGAGACCUCAACGGAUGGAGCCAUCCUGGUUUUUCUUCGUGGGUGGGAUGAUAUUACUAGAACAAGAGACAGAUUGCAAAAGAUUGCAUUGUUCAAUAAUGAAUCCAAGUUUUCAAUAAUCCCUCUUCAUUCUAUGGUUCCACCAGUAGAGCAAAAGAAGGCUUUUGCACGCCCUCCCCGAGGUUGUCGCAAAAUCAUUCUUUCAACUAAUAUUGCUGAGACUGCUGUUACUAUUGAAGAUGUAGUAUAUGUAGUAGAUAGUGGACGUGCGAAAGAAAAAAGUUAUGACCCUUAUAACAAUGUGUCAACUCUUGAAUCUUCUUGGAUAUCAAAAGCAAGUGCUAAGCAGCGCGAAGGACGUGCAGGGCGCUGCCAGCCAGGAAUUUGUUAUCGUCUCUAUUCAAAGGCUCGAGAAGCCUCGUUUCCGGAUUUUCAAAUUCCAGAGCUUAAGAGGAUGCCUAUAGAGGAGCUAUGUUUGCAGAUUAAGCUUCUAGAUCCCGAUUGCAAUGUUGAGGAGUUCCUUCAGAAGACAUUAGAUCCUCCUGUUUUUGAGACGAUAAGAAAUGCAAUCAUUGUUCUGCAAGAUAUAGGUGCCUUAAACGAUGAAGAGAAAGUUACAGAACUUGGGGAAAGGCUUGGGUCCUUACCUGUUCACCCUCUCACCAGCAAGAUGCUUUUGAUCUCAAUACUUUUGAAUUGUCUUGAACCAGCGCUGACUUUAGCUUGUGCAUCUGAGAAUAAAGACCCAUUUACCCUUCCGAUGUUACUGUCCGAAAGAAAAAAAGCCAACGCUGCAAAACAAGAGCUAGCCUCGUUUUAUGGUGGGAGUAGUGAUCAGUUAGCUGUGGUGGCUGCAUUUGAAUGCUGGCAAAAUGCCAAGCAAAAAGGCAAAGAGGCACAGUUCUGCUCUUCCUACUUUGUAUCGCCUGGCACCAUGAAAAUGAUAUCAAGACUGCGAAAGCAGCUUCAGUCUGAAUUGGUCCGAAAUGGUUUCAUACCUGAGAACAUAUCCAAGCAUAGCAUAAAUGCUCGUGAUCCAGGAAUUCUGCAUACUGUCCUUCUUGCUGGUUUGUAUCCCAAUGUGGGGAGACUACUUCCACCUCUCAGAAAUGCAACUCCAAGAAGUGUAGUGGAGACUGGGAGUGGUGAUAAGGUCCGUUUGCACCCUUGCUCAACCAACUUCAAGCUAGUGGACAAGAAUCUUAACCAGCCAAUAAUUGUAUAUGAUGAGAUAACUCGUGGUGAUAGGGGGCUGCACAUAAAGCAUUGCAGUAUCAUAGGGCCACUUCCGCUGCUAUUGCUGUCAUCAGAGAUUGUGGUAGCUCCUACAGAGGGAACCCGUUUUGGCAGCAAUGCAAGUAAGAGUGGAAGUGGCUCUGGAGAUGACAAUGAAGGAGAGAAGGCAAAAUCAGAGGUGUCUGAUGGAGAAGACGAUAUUAUGUCUUCUCCUGAUAAUCCUGUGAAGGCCAUUGUUGAUCGGUGGCUCUAUUUUGAAUCAACCGCUCUUGAUGUUGCUCAGAUAUACUGCUUGAGGGAGAGACUGACCUCUGCAAUUUGUUUCAAAGUGAAAGAUCCAUCAAAACGACUUCCUGAGGUCUUGGGCGCAUCCAUGAAUGCGCUUGCUUCUGUUUUAUCAUAUGACUGGAAGGUUGGGGUCUCAAUGCCAUCCAUCUCCAUUGACUCACUCACUGCAUUGGUUGGUUCUGCUGGGAUUAGUGCGUCACGCAGAAGCCUGCCGACCCCUCACACAAAUCAUCAUGGAAGCUUCCAGAAUGAUCCCAUGCAGCUUGAUGGCAGCUUGCAGAACCCUCAAAUGCAUCCCAUGAGCGUCGAGAACCCUCAGAUGUUGUCUCAUGAUGGAAGCUUCCAAAACCCUCAGAUGUUGUCUCAUGAUGGAAGCUUCCAGAACCCUCAGAUGUUGUCUCAUGAUGGAAGCUUCCAGAACCCUCAGAUGUUGUCUCAUGAUGGAAGCUUCCAGAACCCUCAGAUGCUGUCUCAUGAUGGAAGCUUCCAGAACCCUCAGAUGCUGUCUCAUGAUAGAAGCUUCCAGAACCCUCAGAUGUUGUCUCAUGAUGGAAGCUUCCAGAACCCUCAGAUGUGUCAUCCACCAGCUGGAAACGGCAACGUCCCUUUGAAUCCAUGCCCUGGCUCCGCACCCCAAGGAUCAGUUAAGUCUAAGAAAUCUGCUUCUAAGAGGCUGCGCAAAAACGGGCAUUUGACCGGGUAAUGCUUAGACGUUUCAAAAUUUUACUGCUGGGAAAAAAGUUUCACGCGUGAAUGGGAUGGAGUGGUAAUAUUGAUUUCACGCGUGAAUAAUGAGGAGGAGAAAGAGAACAAGGACGAGUCCCAUUACUGACUUAAAAGAUAGUAAAAAGUUAUUCUUGGGAUGAAUAUGGAGGCUGAGGAUUGGUGAUAUAAAGGAUCAACAGAUAGAAGAAGCAUGUCCAUAUUUGUGUUCACUCUUCAUUGAUUUAUAUCCCAUUUCUAAUUUUUGCUUGGGAAUUUUACUUCCAUCUGUAUGAAAAAAAAAUAUUGUUUGCACAUUGCUUGCAGCAGAAUAAUUUACCAAAGGACACUUGAACAAUACUCAAGACUAGUUUUUUUUGUUUGUUUUUCACACUUUUUUUUGAAAGAUUAAUAUAAGUGGCUUCUUUGA